AGUAUCAAAUGACAGUUCUCCAAUUCCACUGAAUUUCAAUUUUUUCAAUCUUUAUGUCAAAACACAUUUUGGAAGUGUAUGAUAAUCAUUAAUCACAAACUUUAAAAAUAGAUGAAUGUUGUGAAUUUUCAUUAUUACGUAGUGGUCAAACACAUGAAUUUUUCAUUGCCGACUGUGAUCUUUAUAAAUAUAAUGAUGACGAAAAUUCCAUUUUUCACGUUGUAGGAGCAAAUGACUCAGCUCAUUCAGUUGAAUGCUCAAGUGAGAGCUGGUGAACUUUUGUUUAAGCUGUAGAAUCCGUGCAAAAAAAGUUCAAAAUAUAAAAAUAAUAAAAUAAAAUUAAAAAAUACAUUGAAAAUGGCAAUAAAAACUAAUGAAAGUCCAUCGAAUUUGAAGCGUUUUUACCGAACCAUAGCAUACGUUUCAAAAAUCCUAUAUCCAUCAUAUCCGUGCUACUUUUUCCCAUCAUUUCUUUUGAUACAAACCUACAAUGAAUUGGUGGCGCUCAAGAAAAAUCCAAAAUUCCGUGUGAUACCAUUGCCAAACAAAUUUUACGCGAUUUUGGCUAAAAAUGAACCAUACCUAAGUGAUCAUUUUUGUUUCGUCUCCGACGAGAUAUUCGACAAAUAUGAACUAGACAGCAAACAAAAUUGGCUGAACGUUGUCUUUGGAAACGGUGAAAAUGGGUCUCGAAACCAACGAACAAAACGAUCGCCGGAUAUUGUCCAAACUAUUCUCACGAAGCCGAACUCAUCAGUUUUAGUUCCAGCGGUAGCCGUGGCAAAAUGCCAGAAAAAUUGUGUAUUUGUUAGUGAAAAUUGUUAUCAAAAUUGGUGCAUAAAGAAUAAAAUUCGUGAUCACAAUCAAUCGUUGCUGGUUAACUUGCAAAAGAUGACAGCCGGACAAAGUUUACCCAGGCUAGCUAGUCGCGCAACGGUGUUUCUAAUAAAAAAUCCAUACGAAAUACCUCUCGAUGUUACCGACGAAAUUAUUACAAAUUUUUUCACGAUCCCGCGCAUUCUCUACCGCAAUCACACAUACGAAAUUCUAUUGGACGAACAGCAAGUUGGAACGGCAUUGUAUUCGCAAUUUUUCCAUAUAUUUGUACCGCUGAAGAAAAUCUAUUUUCGCUGUGUUCACUUGGAAUCGAGUGACUGUCAAUUCGAAAGUUUUGCCGUUGUUGCAAAGGGAGCAACGACACUUCAUCAAUCAACCAGCAUAAAUUAUCCGAUUCCACGGCAAUAUCUGCAUGAUUUUGGGUUUGUUAGUGCCUGUCCGUGGGGUUUGAUGCGGUACUUUAACUAUAUGAAAGCCUGCAUUUUACCAUUUGUCGGAAAUAGUUUCUAUUCAACAUCGACUACAGCUAGCCCAUCAUCGAAUGCUGCAACUUCAGCCAAUUCGCUUAGAUCAAUCUUGAAAACCCGUAUAUUUCCCAUUUUUCUUCUACAAGGUGACCGGGGCUCCGGUAAAAAGAGUCUGGUUAGUAUCAUUGCACGAAGCAUGGGUUUUCAAGAGUACAGCGUAAAUUGUGCAGAAAUCGCAAACGCAAUUCCCGCACAAACGGAAUCCAAAUUGAAACUGGCCAUGGCUAAGGCGGGCGUUUGUGAGCCAAUCAUAUUUACCCUGAAUAAUUUUGAACUAUUCGGAGUUGAUAACGAGGGCCGUGAAGAUUUGCGUGCAUUGACCAUGUUCCAAACUGAACUACACAAUUUAUUUGCCAAAAAUCGCAGUUAUCCCGUGAUCGUGAUUGCUUUAGCAAAUGGAAAAAUCACCAAACCAAUCAUUCAAAGUCAAUUUUUGGAAACGAUAUCAAUUGAAGCGCCAAACAAACAUGAACGCUUGCAUCAUUUGCAAUGGCUUUUUCACAAAGAAGUCAUUGUUCAAGAGAUUUUCAAUGGAGCUCAUCAAGAUUUCACCGAUAUUCCUUUGUGGAAUAGUCGCACCAUGAAUGCAGCCAAGUACCAUUUGUCCCGAAAUCUACGGUGCGCUGAAACAGUAAACCAAUAUUUAGAAUCGAUGGCCGAUAAAACUCAAGGCUUCCAUUUUGGUGAUUUGAAGUUGUUGUUCGACAAUGGUACAAAGAGUCUGUUGCAUUGCCGUGAGUCGGUUGAAAUUUUUACCAAAGCAAGCUGCUUGGAAAUCGAGGAAUUUGAAAAAAUUCUCCAUGAAAUGCAAAGUGAAUUUUCGGAUAGUUUGGGUGCGCCAAAGGUACCGCGUGUCCUGUGGAGCGAUAUUGGUGGCCUCAGUAAACUUAAAGAGGAAAUUCAAAGUAGCAUCGGUCUUCCGCUGAAGCAUGUACACUUGAUGGGAAAGAAUAUGAGAAGAUCCGGUAUUUUAUUAUAUGGUCCACCGGGAACGGGAAAAACUUUAGUGGCCAAAGCAGUUGCGACCGAAUGCAAUUUAAGCUUCCUCUCUGUACAAGGUCCCGAACUCUUGAAUAUGUACGUUGGUCAAAGCGAGCAAAAUGUUAGAGAAGUUUUCACCAGAGCUCGAUCGGCAGCCCCCUGUGUUAUUUUCUUGGAUGAAUUGGAUUCAUUAGCACCAAAUCGUGGAGCGGCUGGUGAUAGUGGUGGUAUAAUGGAUCGCGUUGUCAGUCAGUUGCUCGCAGAAAUGGAUAAUAUGCUGGGAAAUGAUGAUCAGAAACAAAUAUUCAUUUUAGCCGCCACUAAUCGACCAGAUCUAAUUGAUCCAGCUUUACUGCGACCCGGCCGUUUCGAUAAGUUGUUAUACGUGGGUCCGUAUGCAACGAAAGAGGAUAAGGCAGCAGUUCUAUCAGCUCAAAUGCAGAAAUUCCAUCUCGAUGAUGGAUUGACAAUAAACACUAUCGCCGAACACUUGAAACAAGACAUGACAGGUGCUGAUAUCUAUUCAGUUUGUUCCAAUGCAUGGUUGACUGCCGUCAGACGUUGCAUCACUGAACAUACAGAUAAUACAAGCGAUACUGAUGUCAAAUUAAGUGCCGAUGAUGUGCAUGUUAAUUUGGCUGAUUUUCGUAAAGCGAUAUCCAUGUUUGUUCCUUCAAUCAAUAAAAAAGAUAUGGAAUACUUUAAUAGCUUGAAAUCAACAUAUGGUGUAGCCAAAUAGAAUGAAAAUAUAUUUUUUUGAUCUAUUCUUGUUAUAUGGUUAUUGAAAAAUGAAAAUCAUGGAAAUAAAUUUGUUUGUUAUGUAC